AUUUUUGGAACAAAGAAAACUCAGAUUGUGAAAAUAGCUCUUUCCACCUCUCUUGCUGCUUUGUGCUAAAACUUAAUGAUCUGCAGUCAGUAAAUGUUGGCCUAUUUGACCAAUACUUCCGAAUUACUGGGCACUCUGCAGACCAUAUAGUCACCUGCCUGACAAGAGACAGUUACAACACUCACACCUUCAUACAGCAGCUUAUGGCAGUUCUAUCAUUGCUUGCACGCACACCUUCACCUGAACCAGUAGAUAAAGACUUCUACUCUGAAUUUGGGAGUAAAAACACAGGUAAAAUGGAGAAUUAUGAACUGAUUCACUCUAGCAGAGUAAAGUUUAUUUAUCCAAAUGAAGAGGAAAUUGGGGACCUUGCUUUUCUAGUGGCGGAGAAAAUGGAUGAUUUGACUAAUCUUCAGUCCCUCAACAUCCUUUUGUAUGUGUUGGCAUUUCAAGUAAAUCAUGUCGAAGGAUCUGCCCAAAACACUAGCUCGCUUCAACCUAAAACACUUAUAUUAACUAGCUCUGAUUUGUUCCUCUUUGAUGAAGAUUAUAUCAGUUACCCACUACCUGAAUUUGCUAAGGAACCACCAAAGAGAGAUAAGUAUCAGCUUGCAGAUGGAAGACGAAUCCGGGAUUUAGACAGAGUACUUAUGGGUUACCAGACAUAUCCACAGGCCCUUACAUUUGUGUUUGACGAUGUUCAGAAUCAGGAUCUGAUGCAGAAUUUAACACUGGAUCACUUUGGAGAAACUGAUAGUGCCCCAAAGGGAAAUGCUAAACAAGAAGGCAUCAGGAGAAGAGAGAUCCAGUGGUACAUCUUUAUCCCAAGUGCGGAAAGCAGGGAGAAAUUAAUUUCAUUGCUUGCAAGACAGUGGGAGAUCCUGUGUGGUAGGGAACUGCCAUUGGAACUCACUGGGUAAUUACUGCACAGCUAAGUGAUUUCAGUGUCUAUGACAAGGUAAAGCACAGUGUUUAAAUAGGUAGCACCUGUCAAGUUCUGUUUUUUAAUAAGGAGCUGACCUGGACUCCCUUGCUCCCUAGUGC